CGAGCACCAACGAGAACGAGAGAGAACGAGAGAGAGCUGAUGAGGAUUCCGGUGCGAUCCGAGGUCGUCUGGAUCCGUCAUCCAGGUGGGGACCGAGGCACCGGCAGAUUCAUGUGGCCGGACAGGCGGACAGGCGGACACACGGACAGACAGACAGACAUCCGCUAAGAGAUGGCGCCGGUGUCCGAGAGGAUCCAUUGCGAGCUCGUGCUGCUACUCUAGAGUCCAGCGCUGGUGAGUUGUGGACAGCGAGGAAUUGCUGCAGGCGUCCAGGAGUUCGUUGGUACGUGGAUCAGCGGCAGCGAGUCAGUCAGUGAGUCAGUGCGAGGCAGUCGGUCGGUGGCUUCUCCCCUCUCCCUGCUUCUGCUGCUGCUUCUCCUCCUCCUCCUUCUCAGUGGCUCGGGAUUCGGGCCUGUGUCGCCUCGCCUCGCCCUCGCCUCGCCCAUCCCCAGGCGCAGGACUCGCGUGUCGCGAAUCUGAAGAGGCGAAGAAUUCGCAUCUCGGCGUGUCCUCGAGCUGCGCCCAGUGUUGGCCACUGACGAGCGGGUUCGAGGCCAUAAGGUGGCCCGGCUGCUCGCCCGGUGAGAAGGCAAGAAGAGGGGCGAGCAUAUCUAAAGCUCUCGUCUCGAGCUCAGCUGACAGUGGCUGCCAUUUCGCCAGGCUCCGCUGCUUCGUCGCGCAGGAGGGAGCUCCGGGCGCAUCAGAGCAUUGGACUGCGCGGAAUCAUGUGAAAUUGAAAUUCACGGGUUGGAGACCGAGCAGGCAGUGAGUCAGUCGUGCGCGCUGAUUCUGAAGGAGAUUCCGAGAGGGAGAGAGGGAGGGAGGGAGGACUGGGUGAUUUGGGGCGGAGACGCAAUGCCUGGAAUGGACGAGGUCGAGGAGAAUGAGACCCAGGUCCGCUUCGUGCUGAAUGGGGAGCUCGUGUCCGUGGAGAACGCGGACCCGAGGCAGUGUCUGGGGGACUAUCUGAGACAGGACCGGGGGCUGAAAGGGCUGCAGAUGCCAUGCCGUCAGGGAGGCUGCGGGGCUUGCACGGUGCUCGUCUCGUCGCCCGAAUUCGGCAGCGCAGCCGCGAACGCGCCCGUGCAUCGAAUCGUGAAUUCGUGCUUGAGACCUCUGUGCUCCGUCGAUGGCAUGGUGGUGACGACCGUCGAGGGGGUCGGGACCACCAAGAAAGGCCUCCAUCCUGUCCAGGAGCAGCUCAUGCAGAGCAACGGCAGUCAGUGCGGAUUCUGCACCCCUGGCAUGGUCAUGAGCAUGUACGGAUUGCUCAAAGACAAUCCCAACCCGACCCCCCAGCAAGUGGAGAACGGAAUUGAUGGCAACCUUUGCAGAUGCACAGGAUAUAGACCUAUAUUGGACGCGUUUCAGACAUUCUCUUGUGAAAGCACGCAAAGCAAGAGCAGAGGCUGUGAGGGACGCAGUGGUGGCUGUGAUGGCCGAGUUCCUUUAGAUAUAGAGGAGUGUGGCUCCAGAAGAGAGCUAUGCGGAGGAGAGCUCACGAAAUUGACUUGCUCGAAAGGCGGUCACACCUGGAUAAGAGCUACUUCCUUGAGUCAACUUUACAAGCUCCUGCGGUCGACCAAGUGCAGCGGAGGAGUGAGAAUGGUCAGAGGCAAUACCACAACCGGAAUAUAUCCCCCUCCCAAGGCCAAAGUUCUCAUAGACAUUUCCCGCGUCCCAGAGCUUACGAAAGUCACCGUCACCCAGAGUCAGAUUGUUAUCGGAGGGGCUGCCACAAUUACGGAUCUUAUGGUGGUGCUCGAGAACAAUAUCGAUCUGUCUCCCACCUUCCCUCCUCUUCUGGCACAUCUACAAAGAGUAGCUCACCCUCAAGUACGUAAUGUGGGGUCUGUCGCUGGCAACCUCGUUUUGUGCAAUUUGCAUGGCGAUUUCACAUCUGAUAUUGCAACUAUUUUCAUGGCUGCCGAAGUGCGCCUGAGAUUGGGGAUGGCGGACACUUUUGGAACAGAAGAGACUGUGGGGCUGUGGGAGUUUUUCCAGAUGUCGUUGCAGGGUGUGGUGAUAAUAGAGAUCCACUUGCCUUAUGGAACAUAUCAAACUCAGUUUAAGUCAUACAAAGUGGCUCUCAGAAAAGUGAAUGCACAUGCACUUCUGAAUGCCGCCUUCAAGUUCGACAUGGAGAAAUCUACUGGAGUGUGCACGAGGCCUCCCGUCAUAGUGUACGGUGGUGUGAAACCGCAUCCAGUUCGAGCUUACAGAACUGAAGCAUUUCUGGAUGGAAAGUGUUGCUAUAAUCAGGAGGUUUUGAGACAAGCUUAUAGUAUACUUUCUUCCGAGAUGGUGUUUGAUCCCGCGUUGGGACGUACUGGGUACAAAGCCACCUUGCUUGCUUCCUUCUUUUACAAAGGAAUGCUCGCACUUAGGCCCCCUGGCUCAGUCCCACCACGUAUGCGAUCAGCAGUUUUUAAUGAGGAACGGCAAAUAUCUACUGGCCAAGUGUCUUUUGAUGAGGGUGAUCCAGCGCUGUAUCCUGUAUCAAAACCGUAUUCAAAGUCUUCAGCAGCUCUGCAGGUAACCGGAGAGGCUGUAUACCUGGAUGAUGUAGAUUACGCCGGGGAGUUACAUUCCACCCUUGUGGUAGCAACUGUUGCUAGUGCUCAAAUAAAGCAUAUCGACCCUACGCGAGCUCUCGCCAAGAAGGGAGUCGUUUCAUUUCUCUCAGCUGCAUCAAUUGCUGCGGAUGGAUACUGCAACCUUGCAAGUGAGGACGAAGAAGUUUUUGCGUCAACCCAAGUCAAGUAUUAUGGUCAAGCCUUGGGUCUCAUCGUCGCAACCUCCAAGGAAAUAGCAGAUGCUGCUUCCAAAUUGGUGGAUGUGACAUACACAGAUCAGAAACCACCUAUCCUCACUAUUGAAGACGCAAUGACAGCAGAUUCUUGGUUUUCGGAAAGAGGAGCUGAUUUCAAAUAUGGUUCAACGGAGGAAGCUUUUAAGGAGGCUGAUGUGAUCAUUGAAGGGGAGGUCAGCACCGGUCACCAGUACCAUUUCCAUCUAGAAACUCAAAGAGCGCUGUGUAUUCCAGGGGAAGACCACACUCUCAAAGUUUACUCUUCCACGCAGAAUCCUUCUCUCAUCCAACAUUGUGUAGGAGUGGGACUCAACAAACCACAACAGAAGAUCGAGGUUGUUGUGAAGAGAGUCGGAGGGGCUUACGGUGCGAAAAUUUACAGGUCUACUGCUGUUGCCAUGGCUUGUUCAUAUGCCGCAGACAAACUGCAGAAGCCCGUCCGACUUGUUCUUGAUAUCGCAACCAACAUGCAGUCUGUUGGAGCGAGAAGUCCAUAUUUGUGCAAGUACAAGGUCGGUGCUCAAAAGGAUGGGCUUAUCAAGGCAAUUCAGCUCUUGAUCUACAACAACACGGGAGCCCAUUUUGACUUUGAUUACCCAGCCAUGGAUACACUCGUAGUCUGGAUGGAUUGUGCAUACAAAAUUCCAAACUGGACUCUUGUAGGAAAACUUGCCAAGACAAACCUUCCAGCGAUGACUUACAUGAGAGGCCCUGGAUUUGUUGAGAUGCUCUUUAUGGUGGAAACAGCAAUAGAGCACACGGCAACUGUUCUCAAUAUUCGACCUGAUAUUGUUCGUGAAAUGAUCAUGUAUGUUGAUGGUGAUAGGACUCAUCAAAACCAAUUGCUUCCCACUUGUAAUGUGAAACACAUCUUCGCUACUUUGAAAAAAUCCAGCGAUUAUGAACAGAGAAUGCAGCAAGUCGAAGAAUUCAACAUCAAUAAUCAGUGGGUCAAGAGGGGUAUAGGAAUGGUUCCAUGCAAGUUCGUAGGUUAUUACGACUCACAGGCACAUACAGCUCUUGUGAAUAUAUAUCCAGAUGGGAGUAUUAGCAUUCAUGGUUCCGGAGUUGAAGUUGGCCAAGGACUUGACAUCAAAAUUGCACAGGUGGCAGCAAUGGCGCUAGGAUCCCUAUCGAAGAAUGGUAUCAAUCCUCAGGAUAUAAGAAUAUUUCCAACGACGACUAUAGUUGCCAAUAACACUGUAUCUACCGGAGGCUCAGUAACCUCGGAACUAGCGGCCGGGGCCGUUCUGGAUGCUUGUAAUCAAAUUUUGAAGAAACUUAAAGUAGUGGCUGACAAAUUAGAGAAUGCCAACGGAGAGAAACCGACUUGGGUAGAGCUGAUAAAUACAGCUGCAGCUUCGUUUACUGACCUCCAGGCGCGAGGUCGUUUUUGUGCUGGUCCCGGCAAGGAUGGAGCUUUCGAAUAUUUGGCAUUUGGUGCUGGUGCAACAGAGGUGGAGGUGGACUGUUUGACAGGGGAGGUAAAAGUGUUGAGGUCUGAUUUGCUACUCGACUGCGGAAAGAGUUUGAAUCCUGCAGUCGAUAUUGGACAGGUACAAGGAGCGUACGUCCAAGGACUUGGAUACUUCCUACAUGAAGAGUUUCUCUUCGAUCGUGACUCUGGAAAGCUUUUGACCGACGGUACCUGGGAGUACAAACCACCGUCUUCCAAAGAUAUUCCUCUCGACUUGAGAGCUUCUUUGCUCGAAAAUAGCGGAAACUCCAGCGGAGUUUUGCGAUCCAAGUUUUCUGGGGAGCCGCCGUAUGGUCUAGCAGCGAGCGCCCUGUUUGCUGUAAGGCGUGCCGUCGCAGCUGCGAGGACAGAAUUUGGUGUCAAUGGCUAUUGUAGUCUGAGCGCUCCGGCCACGGUUGAGAACGUGAUGCUGGCAGCUGGUUUAUCCAAUUCUUCCAUGUUCAAUUUGAAGUAACUUACAAAGUGGUUCACGUUUUCGGCCCCUGGGCUUCGCCUCACGCAUAAGAGGAGACCAAGCCCCAAUAAACCAGCAUCUCGAGAUGAUCCUGAGAUUGAGUAAUUACGAGGCCGGAUUGGUAGUCGGAGGGAAAUAGGAAAGAUCUCAGGAAACACGAAAAUGUUAUCAUUUCAGGCUGGAUAGCAACAGAGUUGGAGCUAUCGGCGGGAUUUGUGCAGUAUGUAAUUAUAACUAGAAAUAUCAUUCUCGUUUAGAUAUGGCAAGAAGUCACUGAUAGAGACCUUCGGGCAGUUUUGUCGAGAUAGUUUUGGUGGUCGUACUGUAGAUACCAACCAAAGAUAACGGUAUUCUAGAUACCGUUGUGCAAGUUGUAGGACAUGGGAUUUGGUCCCUGCCAUCCAUUACAUUGUGAAGGACAGACUGACAGACUGUCUCACAGUUUGUCUCCGGAUUGAGAUGGACUUCACGCCUGAGAUCUGGACAAAUAAACAUUUGUGCAAACAUUAGCUUCAGAGCUUGUAACAGUACUCCAAAGUUCCAUAUAUCCAAGCUUACUGGUGGACUAGCUCGGCUACUGUAUUUCCUCAGAAGGAGUAGCCAUUACGGCUUGUUCUAAUUACUUUUACAAGGGCCUUCUGCCCUUGUGACCCUUGUAAGCGUCAGUUCAGCGGAUCAUGCUGAGCGCCCAAGCUUCCAAAGAAUUUGCAUCUGUACUCUAUGAACAUCAUCUAUUUCUACAGCUACCAAAUUAUUCAACCGUGGAAAUGUGAAUACAUGAAGAGAUUCACACGGUUCUGAGAGGAACAGCGCGAAACAUCUUGAUUCC